AUGCCUCCCGGCGCGCCACUUCAGUCAAAAUGUCCGCUCCGGACGAUCAAGGAGAUCCAGUUCGGUCUGCUCUCCCCCGAGGAGAUCAAGGCCAUGAGCGUUGUCCAUAUCCUCUACCCAGAAACCAUGGACGAGCAGAAGCAGAAGCCGCGUGAGCAAGGUCUCAACGAUCCCAAGCUUGGCACCAUUGACCGCAUGUACUCAUGCGCGACCUGCAAAGAGGACAUCCAGGUCUGCCCUGGCCACUUUGGCCACAUUGAGUUGCACACGCCUGUUUUUCACGUUGGAUUUGUCGUCAAGAUCAAGAAGCUCCUCGAGACCGUCUGCCACACUUGUGGUAUGAUCAAGGCUGACUUCAACCAUCCCGACUGGCAGGCAGCUGCCAGAACUAAGGAUGCCAAGAAGCGCUUCGACAAGAUCUGGCGCAUGUCGCGGACUAAGAACGUGUGUGUUCAGGAUGUCGAAGAGAGCGGCAAGGAAACCAAGGUCCCCAAGAUUCCCCAUGGCGGCUGUGGCAGCAGGCAGCCCGAUACCAUCCGUAAGGAGGGUCUCAAGCUCACCGGAACCUGGAAGCAGAGCAAGAAGGAUGACGACGACGGUCAGGGCGACCGUAAGGAAGUCAUCACCCCCAAGCAGGCGCAGACAAUCUUCAAGCUCCUGUCUGAUAACACGCUUGCCCUGCUCGGUCUGAACGCCGACUACGCCCGUCCCGAAUGGAUGAUUCUUGAUGUCCUUCCUGUGCCGCCUCCUCCAGUCAGACCCAGUAUCUCCGUCGAUGGUACUGGUCAAGGUAUGCGUGGAGAAGAUGACUUGACAUACAAGUUGGGAGACAUUAUCCGCGCCAACCAGCGUGUAGCCGAGUGUCAACAAGAGGGCUCGCCACAGCACGUCACUGCUGAGUUUGAAGCUCUUGUACAGUACCAUGUUGCAACAUACAUGGAUAACGAUGCCAACGGUGUUCCGCAAGCCAUGCAAAAGUCUGGUCGUCCUCUGAAGACGAUCCGUGGACGAUUAAAGGGAAAGGAGGGCCGUCUUCGUGGCAACUUGAUGGGAAAGCGUGUCGACUUCUCCGCACGUACAGUCAUCACUGGUGACCCCAACCUGUCGUUGGACCAAGUCGGUGUUCCUCGUUCCAUUGCACGAACGCUCACCUACCCUGAAGUUGUGACCAAGUUCAACAUCAGCAAAUUGACCAACUUGGUACGCAACGGUCCAAAUCAGCAUCCUGGUGCCAACUACGUUAUCAAGGCCGACGGCGUUCGUCUUGACCUUAAGCACAACAAGAAUCUUGACGACUUGCGACUGCAAUACGGAUGGAAGGUCGAGCGUCACAUUAACGAUGACGACGUCAUCAUCUUCAACCGUCAACCCUCUCUGCACAAGGAGUCCAUGAUGGGUCAUCGCGUGAAAGUCAUGCCUUACUCCACCUUCCGUCUCAACCUGUCCGUCACAUCUCCUUACAACGCCGAUUUCGACGGUGACGAGAUGAAUCUCCACGUUCCUCAAAGCGAUGAAACUCGUGCUGAAGUCCAGAAUCUGUGCAUGGUGCCAAAGCAAAUUGUAUCGCCCCAGAAGAAUCAGCCCUUGAUGGGUAUCGUGCAGGACACGCUUCUUGGUGUUUACAAGAUGACUCGUCGUGACAAUUUCAUUCCUAUCGAACAAGUCAUGCCCAUCAUGAUGUGGGUCCCUGACUGGGACGGCAUCCUGCCUGAGCCAGCCAUUCUCAAGCCCCGGCCUCUCUGGACCGGUAAGCAGAUUGUCAGCAUGGCUUUCCCUCGUGAGGUCAACAUCGAGAAGAAAGAAGAUGACUCUACGCCGAGCAAGGACAAUGAUAUCAAAGACAAGAGUCUGAUGAUCAAAGGUGGCCAACUCAUCUAUGGUCAAGUCACCAAGAAGAUUGUCGGUGCUUCGGCUGGCGGUGUUAUUCAUAUUGUAUUCAACGAACUCGGCCCUGACGCAGCUGUCAAAUUCUUCAACUCCUGUCAACGAAUCUGCAAUUGGUGGCUUCUCCACUACGGCUUCAGUUUCGGUGUGGGUGACACCAUUCCGGAUCCCCGCACUUCUGAAAAGAUUGCGUCCGAGAUUUCAAAGUCCAAGGUCAAGGUUGAGGACAUCAUUGCGACGGCAACAAAGGAUCAGCUUGAGCCUUUGCCUGGUAUGACUAUCCGUGGUACUUUUGAGUCCAAGGUUCAGAAGUUCCUGAACGAAGGUCGUGAGGGAGGUGGUACUGCCGCCCAAAACAGUUUGAAGGAUUUCAACAACGUUGUCCAGACUGUCGUCUCUGGUUCAAAGGGUUCUACAGUCAACAUCUCUCAAAUGGUUGCCCUCGUCGGUCAGCAAGCCGUGGAGGGUCAGCGUAUUCCGUUCGGUUUCAAGUACAGGACGUUGCCACAUUUCUCAAAGGACGAUUACUCGCCCGAGUCUCGUGGUUUCGUCGAGAACUCAUACCUUCGUGGUCUUACGCCUUCUGAGUUCUUCUUCCACGCCAUGGCUGGUCGUGAAGGUUUGAUCGAUACAGCAGUCAAGACGGCCGAGACAGGUUAUAUUCAACGUCGUUUGGUCAAGGCCCUCGAAGACGUCAUGGUCAAGUACGAUGGAACUGUCCGUAACUCGAUGGGAGAUAUUGUUGAGUUCAUCUACGGUGAAGAUGGUCUUGACGGUGCUCAUAUCGAGAAACAGUCGAUGGAUAUCAUCAUGUCCUCGGAGCCUGCCUUCGAGGCGGCAUACAAGCUCGACGUCCUGACCACUGACCAACCAGAGAUUCCUGUGUGGAAGCUCGAGAGCUCUCCCUUGUUCCAAGGUGAUGUCGACGUGCAGCGCGCUCUUGACGAAGAGUUCGAGGCUAUCAAGAGCGACCGUGAAUAUCUUCGUGCAAACGCCAGCGAAGAUGAUCUGGAGACUUUCCAGCUGCCCCUCAACAUUGCACGCAUGAUUCGUUCUGCUCAGGCGAGGUUCGGCAUCAACCCAGAGAAGGCCGCCAGCAACCUCCACCCAAUUGAGACCAUCAAGCAGGUCCGCGAGACUCUUGAUCGCCUAGUUGUCAUUCGUGGUACCGACGAACUUUCCAGGGAGGCCCAGGACAGCGCCACCUACCUUUUCAAGGCUCACUUGCGGGCACGUCUUGCUUUCAAGAAGCUUGCGGUUGAACAUCGUCUCAACAAGGAGGCACUAAGCUACGUGCUAGGAGAAUUGGAGGACCGUUUCCUGAAGGCUGCUGUCGCGCCUGGUGAGAUGGUCGGUGUCCUUGCAGCCCAGUCCAUUGGUGAACCCGCCACACAGAUGACGCUCAACACUUUCCAUUUUGCUGGUGUGUCUUCCAAGAACGUUACACUCGGUGUGCCACGUCUCAAGGAAAUUCUGAACAUUGCUGCAAACAUCAAAACUCCUUCUAUGCUUGUCCGUCAAGCAGACGCCAAGGCAAGUCAACAGCAGGCGAAGCUGCUGCGAAGCACUAUCGAGCUUACAACCCUCCGUUCACUGACGCAAGCCGUUGAGCUUUACUAUGAUCCUGACAUUCAAUCUACGCUUGUCGAAGACGAUCAGGAUAUGGUUGAGUCCUAUUUCAUCUUACCUGAAGAGGACGAGGUCAUCGAGUCGCAGUCCAAAUGGCUGCUCCGUAUCAUUCUCGAUCGCAAGAAGCUCCUGGACAAGAGUAUCACUAUUGGUGAAGUUGCCGGCAAGAUCAAGGAAGAGUUCAAGCCCAAUCUUGCAGUCAUCUUCAGUGACGAAAAUGCGGAUGAGCAGGUCAUGCGUGUCCGUUUCAUCUGGGAUCAGAAUCUUCAAAAGGACGACGAGGAUGAGGAUGAGCGAGAUGAGCGAUGGAUGCGCAAGCUUGAGAAGCAUCUUCUUGACGAUGUCACCCUUCGUGGUGUUCGUGGUGUUGAGCGUGCUUUCAUUCGAGAGCACACUGUCACUGUCGAAAAGGAAGACAGGUCCUUGAUGCACUCAAAGAACAACGACCUGUGCAAGGAAUGGGUUCUUGACACUACUGGUACUUCCCUGGCUGAAGUGCUGGCCAUUGAGGGUGUGGACGCAACUAAGACAUACUCCAACUCUUUCAUCGAAAUCCUUGGAGUACUUGGUAUUGAAGCAGCUCGAGCUGGUCUUCUCAAGGAGUUGGGUAUGGUCUUGUCCUUUGAUGGUUCUUAUGUCAACCAUCGCCACAUGGCAUUGCUUGUCGACAUCAUGUGCCAACGCGGUCUUCUCAUGGCUAUCACUCGUCACGGUAUUAACCGAAACGAUACUGGUGCUCUGAUGCGUUGUUCAUUCGAAGAGACUGUCGAAAUUCUUCUUGAGGCUGCUGGCUUCGGUGAGCUUGACGACUGCCGCGGUGUUUCCGAAAACAUCAUGCUUGGUCAGCUUGCACCAAUGGGUACCGGAGAGUUUGAUGUCGUCAUGGACAAUGCUAUGCUGCUCACCAUGGUUGAAGACAACUCCAAGGCAAUGGGGGCUGCUGCAGGCAACUACGUAGUUGGCGGUGCAGACACCCCGUACCUCAACUCGCCUACAUACGAGGGCGGUAUUGGCAUUGGCUCCUAUGACCAGGUAUCCUUCUCGCCCAUUGCUGCCGCAGGUGGCAGUGGCGAUACAGGUGGCUUUACAGACUACGGAGGCACCUAUGGUGGUGGCCUGAGUCCGUUUGACGGAGGCAGAAGUCCAGGCUCCGGCUUCACCGGUAUGUCUCCAGGCUUCACUAGCCCCGUGUCGCCAGGCUUCUCUCCUACCUCGCCCGGCUACUCGCCUACUUCUCCAGGAAUUGCCAGUCCUCGUUUUGCUGCUACAUCUCCGGGAUACAUGGCGUCUCCUACCUCGCCCCACUACUCUCCGACUUCCCCUCGUUAUGGAUCGCCUACGUCGCCUUCAUACUCGCCCACAUCUCCAGCUGGCUACUCCCCGACGUCACCUCAAUAUUCACCAACCUCGCCAAACUACAGCCCAACAUCCCCUACAUUUAUGGGCGGUGCUACUUCGCCCGCGUACAGUCCGACGUCGCCACAGUACAGUCCGACGUCUCCCCAGUACAGUCCCACAAGUCCACAGUACCAAGCAGGCAGCGAUCGUCGCUCUCCCACCUCUCCCACAUCCCCUCAGUACAGCCCGACGUCUCCCCGAUACUCGCCCACUAGCCCUGCUGGUGCCUUUUCGCCAACCUCCCCAAGAUACAGCCCGACUUCUCCGGGUCAGGCGUACUCUCCCACAUCUCCAAAGCAAUAA